AUGUCCCUGCAUUUGCCCGAUCUCAUCCGCGAGAUUCAUUACUUUUGGGGUGGCAGCGCUACCUUGGAUUGCUCUGGUCUGGGAUUUGGAACCAUUGCUCUUUUGGUGCUGAUCAGUUGGGUCUUGGGAUUUUUCACUGGGCCCUGGAGCUCCGAACCAGACUGCGCCAGUAUCGAGCUGGUGACUGAGCAGUCCAGAUCCAAGCGGUGGGAGGUGAUUGAGCCCGAUUUUGUUUGGGACAGUGCUUGGGAGCGAGCACUUCUCCAAGCCACUUCCGCGGCCGAGCUGGCACAGAUUGACAUUUCACACUGUGGUGCAGUUGAGCCUUCACCGGCUACACCUUUCCCCAACACUGUCUUUGUGGUGUUGCGAGGAGCCCCUGGUUUUGAUCCUUGUGUGACGUCUGAGGCGUCUUGCUACUUCCAGGUGGUGCAAGAUCAGUCCACUGAUCCUCCUCGGCCUUUCCAUCGGUUGUUGGCUGAGCGUUUCUCACGCCUUUGCCACUCGAGCCGAGGCCGAAGCCUAGGUGAUUGGGGCAAGAGUUCCAUGGCCACCAGCUCCGCGGGUCGAGCCAUCACGGAGGAGGGGGUGCUGAAGCAGCUCAGAGCGCUGAAUCCAGAGGCCAUUAUGGCGAUCCGUGAUCUUUGUAGUCAAAACCACAGAGCUGGAGGGGUGAUGUUUGUAUGCCGGAAGCUCCGGAGGUCGAAGAGAUUCGAAGAGUUCUUCACUGCAGACGGCGAGACCUACGCCCUCAAUGCAUGUGUUGUCCAGUUGGAGUCUGCCAAAGGCAAGCAUCUGGGAGAAGGACAAGGUCUUUUAGUGGAUGCUCCCUGGGAGGCGUUGUCAAACUUCAGGCGCCCGCUGUCACUUCGUGGCGAUCCUCUGAGGCUGCUGAUACGCUUCACCUGCGACAACAACGUUUGCAGGCCCAGUCGCGAGUCUGUUUGGCUGCUGACACCUGGAUUUCGCAGCUCAUGGAUGAGGAUACCGCCCAGGAGUAUGCCACCUGCGUCGAAGACUUCGUUCCACAGCGGAGAUGGCAGUUUGCCUCCGAGUGCUCCGUCUUUGGACGCCGGGACCUUGGAGAGGCUGAAAAUACUGGCCUGGUGUGGGCAGCCAAAAUUGCUCAGCACGAGCGACAAGACCGUCGACAGGCUACCACACUCGGAGAUGCUGGGCGAUCCGAAGGAGGAGGUCGACGAAGGCGAGCCCCUCGACCCCUCGCAGUUUCAGGACCAUGCAGAAGAUGGUUUUUCUCCAGAUGCAACAGCUCGCCCUGAUGCAGAAGCAGCUGCCAUCCAAGCAGCCCACAGAUGCACAAGCUGCGCUGACGACUGGCUCGGACAGCAGCACAGGGUCCACCAAUGGGAUCGAGGGCUGCCUGCUCGGGAAGCCUUUGUCAAGAUCAGUGACAAUCUGCAGCAGAUCAGCUCAGUGGUGGAGACCAACGCUAUGCUGGAGUUGGGAUUGCAGGAUCGGCAUUCAACACCCGGACUUUUGAGGGAUUACUUGGAACGACGAGUUCCGCUGGGCACAUACCGGCUACUCACUCAAGUCGGCUACUUGAUGGCGCAUGCCUACGAGCUGGGAGCCCGGACGGGCAAUGUGGAGCUGAAAGGCUUCGAGGCGAAGGGCAUGGUCUGGUGGAGCAGACGGCGUUGGACGGCCAGAAGCUUGGUCAAGCCGUUCAGCCGGCUGAGUGCCCCUUCAUGGAUACCAGCCAAUGUCGGCUACCUCCGGGACUUGGAUUUUCUGGAAGGGCGCAUCAAGAAUGUGGAGAAGGAUGGCGCCAAGCCGACCCGGGAAAAGGAGUACGAAGCUGCUCCAAAACCCAAGGCAAAGUGGUCCAACCGCCGCAAGCGGGGAAAGAACGACACCAGCAGCGGGGGGGGCGAAGAAAGCGGAGCGUGGUAUUGGACGGGCAGCCUGCAUCUCUCGCCAUAUCGGCGGAAGCGGCGGCGGCACCUUGAGACAUGUGCAAGGUGUUUGCAGAUGGUGGUCGUCGGUCUGAAUUGGCUGACACUGGGGCAUGCGCAGACUCCUCCCGCGCAUGCGUGUUUGGGCGCACCGAUUUCUAGUGCGCAGCAUGAAAUGCUGGAAAGACUGGAGGAGAUGCUAGAUCAUUUCCUACGUGAGAUUGAUCCAUAUGGUUCAGGAGGAAAGCACUUUGCUCCCUCUUUGUCCGAACAUGUGCAGCGUGGAUCCGAGUUUGGCGGGCUUUCGCGCGCCACUAUGGGGCGUAUGCAAAGCUGUUUACAGAAGUUUGAAGAAUGGCUCCAAAAUGAGUUGGGCAUCAAUCUGGAGGCGGCUCUUUGCUCGGCCGAGAUGGCGAAUCUGGCACUUCGGGGCUAUGGGGAGUGGCUUUUCUCAGGCGGCAAGCCUAGAUAUUUGUUUGUCUACACAGUGACCGGUGUCCAGCGAUUGAGACCUGAGAUGCGAUCGCUUCUAUCUGGUGCCUGGCACAUUGAUCGCAUGUGGCAGCUGGAGGACCUGGUCUUCCCUGAGGAUGCCUUGCUGCAGCAGCAUGCGUGCAUUGAUGACACUUCAGUCAUCUUGUUGGCUCGGCUGAUAUUUGCGCAGCUGCCGCUGUCCGAAAGGUCGUUUGGCGCCAGCAUUGCCGUUUUCCAAUGA